GGAAGAUAUUUUUACGCAUGCGCAACCGGAAAAUUCAAAACUCAAAAUAUUUUUAUUUUUUGAACUUUCGGAAAAUUCGUUAUAACUCACUCUCUUAAGCAGUUAAAACAACAUUGAAUGUUGUUUUAUGUGGUAAGAUGAACGUUCCCAUUAGAAAUUCAGCGAACGUAGACUCCUAAAUUAUCUGCUAUUGAAGGUGUGUACAACAACCAUACAACAUGAUGGACCCCAUAGAAGCAGGACAAAAGUUGGAUGCAGAGUUUGAUCAGUUUCUCUCUGACCUGAAGCCUCAUGUCCUCCGCCUACCACAUAAAUCAGAGCGGCAGAGAUGUGCUCUGUGGAUAAAGAAGUUAUGUGAACCACCAGGUCCAGGAGUAUCUGGCAGGAAGAAUCGCAAUAUGUAUGUUGAGCUGAUGCUUCACAUGUUGAAACGUGGAACUAUUGAAGGCCCCUUCACACAGCGACCAGAAGAUGGACCUCUUGCAACGUUGCCAACCUAUAUGUCAAUAUAUUUUGACAGUGCAGGUCAGAAGGAAGACGAGAAGCAGGUCCCAGACUGGGUAGCAGGUCUAGAUGAGUCAAUGGCACAGUCUCUUCUAUCAAACAUGAAGUCCAGUCUAGGACCCAAUGGCCCUGGAGAGCCACACAUGUCUUCAACAUUACGUCAGUCCACCACACGAGAACGUUUCCACACUCUGGUGAAUUCUCCAAGCAAAAUAACUGGCCACAGACGGUCCUACUCUAGCCAGUUGGUAAAUAGAGAUAGAUCACCAAGUCCUCCUAGGAAUAAAAGUCCCACUCAUCAUAGUCCCAGGUCCAAACUACUCACUAACAGAGAGAACAGGGGUACAUAUCCUAGUGGAGACAAUUACUUGAAUAAAGAAAGACAAUCUGGGCCAAGGAGGAAAGUGGAGUUCUCUUCAUCUGAUGAGGAAAAUGCAGAUGAUCGAUACAAUCGUAGGAAACACAGAUCCCCUAGGUCACCUAGAAAAACAGAAAUUAGCAAAGAUGACUGGUCUCACCCUGUACAUGGAACUAGUGGCCUCACAUCUUCUCGGGGGACCUCAUAUCGAGAUGAACAUAGUCUGAUGAAGAUGCAUGAACGAGAGCUUGAUAUGAAGACAAAGAUGUUAGAGGCGCAGUUCCAUGAAGAGAAGCUAAGGUUACAGCAGACACAUGAUGAUGCUGUACAAAAGAUAUUAAACAGGAAAAAUAUAGAAAUUGAAGAGGUAAAGAGUCACUAUAGAUCAAAGAACAAAGAGCAGGAGGAGACAAUAAAUAAAUUAGACAAAAAAGUACAAGCUCUGGUGAAAGAAUCAUCAGUGAUUCGUGAGAACAAAGACAAACAGAUAGCUGAACUGAAGAAACUUGCAGAGGAAUCCACUCAAUGUAAAGUGAAUGAAUUCGAAAAAAGGUUACAUGAUACUAUAGCGGACUUUGAACAAGAGAAGUUUGACCUUCAGAAACAGCACACCAAGAACAUCCAAGACCUCCUAGAUGAUACGAAUACCCGCCUACAGAAGAUGGAGACUGACUACUCCCAACAAACUACUGCAACUUCAUCCAUGAUAAAGGAGUUAGAGAUGAGGAUCCAUCAACUGACUGAUGAUGCUGAGACAACCACAAGGAUGAAGAAUACACUGGAAAGAGAGAAGAUAGAACUUGAUAGUAAAUGUGAGAGGCUUAUGAGUGAACUUGCUGAAUAUCAGAACAGGUAUAUGGUACUAGAGAAGGAUUACCACAGAGCUACUGAGGAACAUGAGCAAGAAUGUAGGUCUCUCCGAAACAAGACCGAUGCUAGCUUGGAGUUCAUGAAACAAGAAAACAGUUUGGCUGUGUCCAAGGCAGAUGACCAUAUAUCAGAUUUAGAGGACCAAGUUUCCCAGUUAAAGCAGUCCCUCCAAGAUGCUGAGAAUGAACGGUUUAGGAAGAUUAGGGAACUUGAACAAGUUCAACAGCAAGACAAACUACACACUGAACAUUUACAUGAGAAAAAAGUUCGCAGUUUACAAAAGGAAAUUGACCAAUUGGAACAGGACACUCAAAAAAAGAUUAGGAAAUUAGAACAAACUGUGAAGGAAAAGGAUGAUGAGAUACAGAAGCUGAUGCAUACACACAAAGAACAAACUCAACAGUCAGAAACUGCCCUAGAGGACUUUAAAUCUCAAAUGGAACAGAACUCAACUAGAAUGUAUGAUGACAUGAAAACACAGAUGGAAAAGGUGGAGGCUGACUUGAAUAGAUCUAAGCAGGUUAGGGAGAAACAGGCAAGGGAGUUUUCUAAACAAACUGAAGAGCUCAGACAAAAGCACCAGCAAGAGAUUGCAGAGUUAAGGCUUAUGUUCGAGCAAGAGAAAUCUCAGUUGAUUCACAAUUCUAAGACAGAGCGUGAUCAGAUACAGACUGAGCGAGAACAGGAAGUAGAUGGCGUCAGAGAGACACUGAAAGAAGAAUUACGUCAGUUGGAUGAAAGGAGUCGAGAGCGACAGGAACGUGAUGCCCAAAACAUUCUCCAGUUAGAGGAGCAGUUGAAAUCUCAACGAGAGGAGACAGUCCAGUCCAACCAACUGAGGAAACAGCAACUCGUAGAGCUGGGUUUACUAAGGGAGGAGGAGAAACAGAAAUUACAGCGAGAUCAUGAAGCUCAGGUUUCCAAGGUGAAAUCUCAGAUGGAACAACAAAAGCUGGAUCUCCAGAAACAAAACAGUAUUGAGACUGAGAAGAUGUUGGAAAAGACUAAUCUAAGGUUGAAAGAGAUUGAGAAAGAAUAUACUCAAAGAACAGAGAAGCAAACUGAGACAAUCAAUGAUCUUCACAAUACAAUACAAUUGCUGAAACAGGACCAGAACAGACUGAAGCAACAAUCAGAGAAGCAGUUGAAGGAAGUCUCCUCAAAGUCAGAGAGCGAGAAACGUCAAGUGAAGCGCCAACACCAGGGGGUGCUGCAAGCUGUACAACAGGAAGUGGAGAACCAGAAGAGCCGUGUCCGGGCUCUGGAGAGACGACUUCAAACACAACAGGCAGAGAGUGAACAACAGAUGACAGAGCUGCAGUUGGAGCAUGCGGAGAAAUCUAAAGGUCUGCUACCUGUGGCUGUCAGACAGGAAUUGGAAGAUACCAUAACAUCUCUGAAGUCUCAAGUGAACACUCUACAGCAACGUUCAAGGAUGUUACAAGAUGAGCUGGACUCUAGAUCUAGUUAUACACCAACCAGUACUAAGUCUCCUAUACUGGCGUCAUGAUAAUUUGCACUCACUGUAUGCACAAAUGUGCUCACGUGUAAUUCAGCAUUUCAUGCAAUUUACUGUAUAAACAGUAUUAUUUAACUAGAAUUCAUUUGUCAGAAAUGAAUACUAUUAUUUAAGAUUUUGUGUCAAACAAACAUUUGAUCAUGGUGUUAGUGCACAAAUGAUAUUCCGGAGAAUAGAAAUUGUGGAUUCUGGGUCAUGACCUCUCUUCAGUAAUCAAGAAAUUGAUACAACUAAGUGCCCUUUAUGUUGUAUUUUAUGAUGCAAUGACACUGAAUUUGAAAUAUUAGAAAACCAGAUAUUAGGGAGGUUAAAUUACAUGUUUUUAUAAGUACGUGAGUGUUUAAUAUUUCGACCCCCAUGGAU